UCUUAGGAGCCCAAACUUUCCAGUAGCACCACAGGCGGCUGCUGCACAAAGGCAGGCUGAAAGAGGGACAGCUAGAUGAAUAAAAAUUAAAAGAGAAGAAAAAUUAUUCAAGCUAACAUUUAGCUCUCCUAAAAUAUUUAAACUUUGUGCAGUUUUUUCUUUUCAAGUUUUAUAUUUAUAUUUUUAUUGAAGAAGGCUUUUGUGUGAAAAAAAGAGAAAAUGACGAGUCUGCUGUGCAUCACAAUAAUCUCCCUGAGCCUGGCUGCCAGUGCAUACAGUCAGGUGACAAGCUCUCCCUCACCAGCAGCAGUUAAGGUUUUUGCUAACCUAGGUGACAACGUCACCCUGCCCUGCAGGCUCCUGUCCCAGGACUCCAUGUCCUUUGGUAGCCUUGGUAUCCGUGUCAAAUGGACCAAGGUGGCAGAUGAUGAAGCAUUGAAUGAGGAUGUACUGCUUUCAAUGGGAUUCCACAAGAAGACCUAUGGAAGCUUUGAGGACCGUGUCUUUUUGCAGGAGCACGACAGUGAAGAUGCCUCCAUAGUAAUAACUGACGUCUCCAUGGAAGACAUGGGAAAAUACCGGUGUGAGAUCAUCAAUGGGAUGGAAGACACCAUCCAAGAGAUUACCUUGGAAGUGCAAGGUGGUCUCACUGAUGGUGUUGUGUUCCCAUUCGCCGCUCCCGGUUUUGGCCGCUACAACCUGAACUUUUCUGAUGCUGUGCGGGCCUGUGCGGAACAGAAUGCUGUGGUCGCUAGCCGUGAUCAGCUGUUUGAGGCCUGGAAGGCCGGCCUAGACUGGUGCAAUGCUGGCUGGCUAAGUGAUAGCACAGUGCAGUACCCCAUCACCAAACCCAGAGAGCCUUGUGGUGGCACCAACAAUGGGCCUGGCCUCAGAAGCUAUGGCCACCGUGACAAACAGAACCGCUAUGAUGUGUUCUGCUAUGCCUCUGCACUUAAGGGUCGUUUCUAUUGGCUGGUCCAACCCGACAGGUUGACCUUUGGAGAGGCUAUGCAGGCAUGCUUGGACGAUGGUGCAGAGAUUGCCAAGGUGGGCCACAUAUAUGCCGCCUGGAAGCUCGAGGGCUAUGAUCGCUGCGAUGCUGGCUGGUUGGCUGACGGAAGUGUCCGCUACCCCAUCUCCAGGCCCCGCAAGAACUGCAGCCCCACAGAAGCUGCAGUGCGCCUUCAUGGAUACCCAGACAAAAUGCAAAAGUCCUACGGCGUCUACUGCUUCAAGGCUGAGCAGUGAGGAGGUAGAAGUAGGGAGGCCAUAACCACCAAAGAGCAGCAACAACCACAACCAUUAAAUUCAACAAUAAAGCAUACAAGCUUUGGAUCUUAACAAGCAUGAACUCGAAACCUUUCUGAAACUGUGAUAACCCUUUUUAACGCCUAAAAACCAAUACUGUACAUCUUACAUCCAUAUGUAAUGAAUGACAAAAUAUUUUGUAGCCAUUAAGUUCUGUUUUCUCUAACUGUGCAUUCAUUAAUUUUACACAGACUGUUAGGGAAAAGGCAACAGUGUUAAUGUACGAGUGAUGUGACAGAGACAAGAGCUUGAUGGUUGUUAAACAUCAUCUAAGUUUGGUUUGUCCUCCACAGAAUGAUUAGAUGUGUGAAAUUCAAGAUUUAGAGCAUUUAUGCUCAUGUGCAGAUGAUAUUUGCUGCUUUAAAAUUUGUCUAAAGAAUGAAACAAUGUGAUUACUGAGUCAUGAAGAUAACCUGGCUACCACUGUUAAGCUAUGGAUAUAUACAUGUUAUAUUGCAGAAAGUAUUCCACGGGUUUCCUCUCUAAUCAGAGUUGAAAGUUAAACUGCCAAAAGGUUUUUCAACCUGAGAAGUUGAGAUCAAAUUUACUGUUUAACAAGAAAAUGAAUGUAAAUGUCUUGAUGGACUGUGACCUAUUCCGCAUUGAUAGCUCCCAUUAGAUCAACUCCCAAUUAUAUUUUAAAAGAUAUUUUCUAUUAUUGUAAUCAUGUUUGUUUAUUUUAACAAUUUUUUUUUUUACUUUUUUAAUGAUGUAUGUCACUAUAGUUUUUUACAUUAUAGUGUUAUUUUUUAAAGAAAAUAAAUACAAAUUCUGUCACUUGUAGAUGUUUUUGUGAAGUGUAGUUUAAAGACAACUUACAUUUGGCACAUACAAAACAGCAAGUUUUCACUCAGAUAGUGAAUGUAGAAUAAGUACAGAUUUUCCCCUUUUGCCCUUUAACAGAACCUUUUAUCAAAACAUAAACCUGAUUGCCUAACAGUAGCGAUUCCCCAAGAUUGACACCUAAUAUUACAGUAAUCACAAGUAUAACAAAAAAUGUAUGGGCUGAUAUCUUCUCUGACUGCAGUUUCUUACUGAGGUUAUGAGCUAUUAAUGAUACAUUUCCCCUGGUAGUUUAUUCUGGCAAAGACCUGAGUAAUACUGACGAUCUCUUACACUACAUAGGGAUUCAUUAAUAGUCAUGCAAGUGGCUGGAUCUGAAAAAGCAUCCUAAUAGUUUUCUGUAGACCACAGUGAGCAUGUUAACAGAGCUGAUCUAAAGGCCACAAGCAGAAGAUAGCACCUGUUUUAGAUAUCAGCUACAAAAAUAAGUUGAUAUUUAGCAUUUUGCUUUAUGUUACAUUAUCCCUUCAUACCUUUUCUAACCCUUGGCACUGACAUGUGGUACUUACUGCAGGUUACAUGUGGUAAUAUGGUGAUGCAUUGUUUGUAAAAGCAAAAAAUGUCUGUUACACAGUAUUUUUGUAUCUUAUCGCCAUGUACCUUUUUCAACAAAGCAGUUUGAAAUAAAGAAUACAACCUUUAAA